AUGGUAGGGCCAACUGACCUAGUAUAUAGUCUCCCCUGGAGCUUUAAUUUACAAGUACGUGCCUUCCAACAUGCCUUCAGCACCAAUGACUGUUCCAGGAAUGUCUACAUUAAGAAGAAUGGAUUUACUUUACAUCGGAAUCCCAUCGCCCAGAGCACUGAUGGUGCAAGGACCAAGAUUGGUUUCAGUGAGGGCCGUCAUGCUUGGGAGGUCUGGUGGGAGGGCCCCCUGGGCACUGUGGCUGUGAUUGGAAUUGCCACAAAACGGGCCCCAAUGCAAUGUCAGGGUUAUGUGGCAUUGCUGGGCAGUGACGACCAGAGCUGGGGCUGGAACCUAGUGGACAAUAACCUACUGCAUAAUGGGGAAGUCAAUGGCAGUUUUCCACAGUGCAACAAUGCACCAAAAUAUCAGAUAGGAGAAAGGAUUCGAGUCAUCCUAGACAUGGAAGAUAAGACUUUAGCUUUUGAACGUGGCUAUGAGUUCCUAGGGGUUGCCUUUAGAGGACUGCCAAAGGUCUGCUUAUACCCAGCAGUGUCAGCUGUGUAUGGCAACACGGAGGUGACUUUGGUUUACCUAGGGAAACCAUUGGAUGGAUGA